CCGCCCCCCCCAGCUUCCCCCGCCGCCGCUGCCGCCAUUGCCGAGCGCCGCUUUGUGUCCGCCUCGGCCGCCGGUUGACUCCUCACUGCACUGUGAAAACCAUUAGGAAAAAGUCCUUGGGGUUAAAACCUGGGGCUCCACAGUGUUACCUGCACUUGGGGCUAGAAAUUAAUUUAAAUGGCCACUGAUCUGCCUGAAGCUGAACCCGUGCAUCAUAAGGCGCUUCCACUCUUAGCGGGAGCUCAGCUGAUCCACACGGACAAGUUAAGUGAGGCUGAAGACGACACGAUGCCGAUCCGCCGCUCGGUGAAUUCCUCUUCCCGGGAAACUCCUCCCAAAAGCAAACCUGCCGAAGGUGAAGAGAUCAAAGCAGGUGCCGCAGCGUGUGGUGCAGAAACAGCGGUGUUUGAAGACAAGUUGGCCGAAAACAAAACUGCUUAUGCAGAAGUCACCUCUGAGGAAUCUGCCUCUGUUGGAGAAGAACAAGAGACUGAAACCCUGCCUGCUGCAUCCAGUGAAGCAGAACAGCCAAAGGAACCUGAGAAUGAAGGGAAAGGGGAAACAAAGUCCUCAGAAGAAACCAAAAAGGACGAGAAGGAUCAGUCUAAAGAAAAGGAGAAGAAAGUGAAAAAGACCAUUCCUGCGUGGGCCACUCUUUCUGCCAGCCAGCUAGCCAGAGCACAGAAGCAGACUCAGAUGGCUGCCACCUCCCGUCCCAAAAUGGAUGCUAUUUUAACUGAGGCCAUCAGGGCAUGCUUUCAGAAGACUGGUGCAUCAGUUGUCGCAAUACGUAAAUACAUCAUCCACAAAUACCCCUCCCUGGAGCUCGAGAGGAGAGGCUAUCUCCUAAAGCAGGCUUUGAAAAGGGAGCUGGAGAGAGGAAUCAUCAGACAGGUGAAAGGAAAGGGAGCUUCUGGGAGCUUUGUGGUGGUGUCUAAUGCAGGAAAAACUGUUCCAAAAGCCAGAGACAGAAAGAAAAGCACUUCCACUUCGGCUCCAGAACAACAAGUCAAGCUGGAAGAUGUCCUGCCACUGGCUUUCACCCGCCUUUGUGAGCCGAAGGAAGCUUCUUACAGCCUGAUCAAGAAAUAUGUGUCUCAGUAUUACCCCAAACUCAAAGUCGAUAUAAGACCCCAGCUGUUGAAGAACGCCCUGCAGAGAGCUGUAGAGAAGGGCCAGUUAGAGCAGAUCACAGGGAAGGGAGCAUCUGGGACAUUCCAGCUGAAGAAAUCAGGGGAGAAGCCCCUCCUGGGUGGGACCCUGAUGGAAGACGCCAUCCUGUCUGCUAUUGCGGCCAUGAACGAACCGAAGACCUGCUCCACCACAGCGCUGAAGAAGUAUAUCCUGGAAAACUACCCAGGGACCAACUCCAACUUCCAGGUGCAUCUACUGAAGAGAACCCUGCAGAAAUGUGAGAAGAAUGGCUGGAUGGAGCAGAUUUCUGGAAAGGGCUUCAGUGGAACCUUUCAGCUUUGCUUCCCCUAUUAUCCUAGCCCAGAUGUGCUCUACCCAGAGAAGCAGCAGGAUGAGGACUCUGAGGAAUCUGAUGAUGAGGAGGAGGAGGAAUCUGAGGAGGAAGAAGAAUCUGAAGAGGAAGAGUCUGAGGAGGAGGAGCCACCACCAAAGAAAAGGAUGCAGAAGAGGCCGCCUCCAAAAUCACAGAGCAGGGCCCCUCCGCGAAGGGAGUCCAAGCCCAAGCCAAGAAAAACCCCUGCAGCUCGCCGGGGGAAGGCAAAGCCCCCUCCUAAGGUUAAAACCCCUGCUAAGAAAGCCAAACCAGCAGCUCCAGCCAUCAAGAAACCCUCUGGUGGUAGCUCUUCCAAGAAACCAGCAGCCAGUGGGAGGAAGGAAGCGAAACCCUCUGCCAAGGGCAAAUCUGCCAUGAGGAAAUCUCUCCGGGCAAAAAAGUAAAGAUUUUCUGCUGUCAGGGAAUCCCGUGGGCAAAUCCACAACCUUGUUUUAUAAGUCAACGUGCAUUUGUAUUUUAGUUCUGAUGCUUAAACACUUCUUUAAUUUUUAUUAUUUUUUUUUCUUGAAUGAGGGGGAGGAAAAAAGCUGUAAACUAAACUCAAACCGCCCCGCGUGUGUGUUAGAGCUCAGUGCUGUGCCUCUUGCCUGCCCCUUCCUGCCACAAGGCAUCAGGAGUGGAGUUUCUGCAAUCGCUUUACGACUUCUCUAGGCCGUGUAUAACCUGUACGUUUCACGGUGUUCCUCUUGGGUUGGGGGGGAACACUGGCUUUCACAAACUCUUCAAAGGGGAUCUUUGUAUCUUUAGACAGCAGGAACAGGAUGGCUGAGGGAUGUGGUUCUCAAUGAGCAGAUCAAACAGCACAUCCCUAAUCCUCCCUGCAUGGUGAGCUCCCUAAUGCUUCUGUGAAGAAGCAGUGUACAUACAACACUUGCACUGAGACCGGGAGGUGCUCUCUGCUCGGCGAGGAGACCCUCGGUUCCUACGGACCAGUGAGGUUCGUUUGACGGUGAGUCAGAUCUUCCAUAAAUGGAGGCUGCAGGGUCUCCUGCUUGGCCGGGGGCUCCAAGAGAGGGGCAGGUCUCUGUGAGGCGGGUGAUUUGAAUUAGUGUUUCCACACCACAUCAGUAACCUUCAAACCAAAAUAUAUAAAAUGUUCUUGAAUCCAACUUUCAAAUGUUUUUAAGAGAUGAAGAGCCUGAGUUUCGUCACCUCUUGUUUACCGUUUUUUUAAAGAGAAGUUGGAGAGCUAUACAAUUGCUAAUGUAGAGAUGUUGAUCAGUGAAGAUCAUUCAGUUUGCUAAAAUAAAAUGAAACUAGAUUCCAUGCCCACGUUGUUCUUCCUCGACAUAGCUUUCUCCUCCUGGAACUGUGGAGAGGAGGGAGCUACCAUCAGUGUGGAUUGCAAGUCUUUGUUAAAAGUACAUUGCCAGUCUGAGACCAACCUUUUUCUUCCCCAUUUUCUCUGCAUGCAAAAGGGAGUGAAAAGAAUCAGAACCAUGGAAUGGUUUGGGUCUGAAGGCACCUCAAAGCCCAUCCAGCCCCACCCCCAGCCAUGGGCAGGGACACCUACCACUGGAUGAAGUUGCUCCGAGCCCCAUCCAACCUGGCCUUGAACCCCUCCAGGGAUGGGGCAGCCACCACUGCUCUGGGCAACCUGGGCCAGGGCCUCCACACCCUCACAGCAAAAUAUUUCUCCCCAAGAUCUCAUCUCAAUCUCUUGUCUUUCAGUUCAAAACCUCCCCUCAUCCUCUCCCUGCCCUCCCUCAUCCAGAGCCCCUCCCCAGCUUUCCUGCAGCCCCUUUCAGUACUGGAAGCUGCUCUAAGGUCUCCCUGGAGCCUUCUCCAGGCUGAACAACCCCAACUCAGCCUGUCCUCGUACAGGUGGUACUCCAGUUCCUGCAUUGCCUCUGUGGCCUCUUCUGUACUUGCUCCAAUAGCUUCAUGUCCUUCCCGCACUGAGGAUUCCAGAACUGGACACAGGGCUCCAGGUGGGGUCUUACCAGAGUGGAGCAGAGGGGCAGAAUCCCCUCCCUCCCUGCUGGUUCCACUGCUCUGGAUGCAGCCCAGGACACGGGUAGUUUCUGGGCUGUGAGCACACGUUACCAUCUCAUGUUGAGCUCACCCUCCAGCUCCCCAAGUCCAUCUCCUCAGGGCUGCCCCCAGUCUGUUCUCUGCCCAGCGUGGAUUUGUGCUUGC